AAGUGUGUGGGAACACGGCUGAAGGUGAAGCUUCCUCCACUCACAGCAAAGAAGAUGUCUGAAGCCAAGGAAUGUUCCGGUUCUCGCUGUGCCCUAAAUCCCGGCGCUCCGGCCGUGCAGGCGUCUGUCCCUGACACGCAGGGCAGAGCUGGCAGCGGGAAACGGCAGCGGGAGCAAGACGUGUCGGACCUGAAGGAGAACGUGCCGCACUCCACAACCGCUCCUCCCAGCCCCACAGCCUCUAAGAAGAGACGCGGUGAGGAGAGACGUGUCCCAUCACAGCCCGAGAGGCCAGAAGAGAGGGGGAUGAGGAGAAGAGAGGGGGAUGAGGGUGGACGGAGAGAGCGCGCGGGCAGGAGGCUCCGGAGAGCUUCACAGACGCCGAGGAUGGAGGAGCAGGGAGGGAGGGAGGUGGAGGAGGAGGAGGAGGAUGGAGACAAGAAAGAGGUGGAGCAGAAAGACGAGGGACUGGCGGAGGAGGAGGAGGAGGAGAAGGAGGAGGGACACAUGCACCAGCAGGCGGAGGAGAAAACCAGCGAGGACCUGAAGAGGGAGCAGAGGACUAAGGUGCUAGCAGAGCGCAGGCUGAGUGUGUUGAAGUCUCUGCAGGGUCUGGUCACCUCCUCCAGGGGGAGGCGCGAGAGUGAAGCAGUACUAAAGGGGCGCGUGGCGGACGCGAGCCACGCCCCCCUGGAUGACGGCGCAGACUCCGCCUCACAGCCACAGGAACAGCAAGAGGAGGGCGGGAGCUCGGGGUCGAAAGCACAGGAGCCAACAGCGGACAUUCAGAGAGCUCCUGCACUGUCAGUCACAGACUCCAUGUUGUACAGACUGCACGGUGAUAUUAGGAUCUCCAUGACCCUUGACAACCCUGAUGUGAGUAAGUGUUUGUUGGCGCUUGAUGAGUUGAGCACAGUGUCAGUCUCCUCUCGUCACAUACAGAACCACAGUGAACUCAUCGACACACUGAGAAAGAUGCGCUGGUUUCGGGGCAGUGAAGCCAUCAUGUUCAAGGCCUCCAUGCUGUAUUACCGUUUCAAAAACCUCUACCUCACCGGGGACGCGGAGGACACGCUGAGCCCUGAACACAUCCACGCGCUCCAGGAGGCGAAGGAGAGAGAGGAGAGAGAGAGAGCCUCCACACACACCUCACAGCCUGCAGCUCCCACAGGUAUAGAUGUUGACUCAGAGGGGCAGUCCACAGCAUACAGCAGUGACCUCCAGCGCAGCAGUGCCCAUACCCCAGAGAGGAGCUGACACUCAUCUGGAGUUUUGUCGAGACGCUUUCUAGAUUUCAGUGUAGAUGUUUGCUGUGACAGUGCAUGUUGGGGUCAUUCACUUUAACUGGAACACUGAUGGUGCGGUUAAACAACACUCGUGACCUGAGAUUACACUUCAGCCCUGCUUAGAGCCCCUCUCUCUCGCUCACACACACUAACGUGCUCACACAUUUUUUACAGAAAAAUGGCCUGUUGGGUCAGAGUCAGUAGCAGCAUUGCUUAACAUGUUGAUUUGGUUGCUGUUCUUAGAUGACCCGAGACCAGUUUUUCCAUUUCCCGUCAUCCCACGUGCGGGGGUGGGUGAGGGUGGGUCUUUAACAGCGGCGUCCUGCAGUUUAGACUGGGAAACGCUGAUGUUUGUCAUGGUGGGAUGGUGGGACCAGUUCCAGGAUCUGGUUUCAGGACCUACAGAGCUCUGAAUGGCUGGACACCUGCUACUGCCUGACCAGUUGGAACUGGAGGAAGAGUUUCUCAUCACAGUUCCCGUCUGUCAUAAAGCAUUAAGGACUCUCUCUCCAUUAAAUGACUGUUUAGCAUUAUGUAUGCACCACGUAUCACUAAUGUACUUAUCAGCCUGCAGUCUAAAGUCCUUCAUUUUAAAGUCACUACUCUUUGUGGGUAAUUUGCUGGAAUGUCCACGUCGUUCACUUGAGGACUCCCCAAGCCACUCGAACAAGCUCCGCCCACACCAGGCUCCACCCACCACUAACCCACAGCAGUGACGGUGUGGUAGGCUUCCAGGACCGGUGGGUUCCUCGGCUUGGGUCCCGUUACCUCACCUCAGUCUCGUACACGGCAGCGCUGCACCGUGAGGCGUGACCACUGCAUGUUUGGCACGUUUUCCACACUCACGCCUCACGUUUUCCACACACUCACGUUUACCUCAUUGCCGUGCCUAAGGAGGACGUAUGAACAGCAGUGCUUUAAGCCCCGCCCAAUGCCAUAUUACCAUGUAGCAUUACCCAAUAGCAAGAGACUGUAUUAGACUGAGGAAAUGAAGCUGCUGUUUUUAGUGUAGCUGCUCAAUGAACGUGUUCCCGCCAGUGUCUGUAUAAACCACACCCUUCUGUACAGGAAGUCAUGCCUAAACCACACUCUUUGUACAGGAAGUCAUGCCUAAACCACACUCUUUGUACAGGAAGUCAUGCCUAAACCACUGGGUUCUGUGAUGGUACGUGUCAUUGUGAGUAUGGGCCAGGUUUUCAUUACACUCAUGUACUGGAUGCUUUUAUGUCAUUUAUAGCCAUUCUUGCUAGUUUUGAAUAUACACAUGCAUUCAACUGUGUUUAUGUACUUGCGUCUAGAAGAUAUUGUGAAUACUAAAACAUCAAAUCCCAAAAGCUUGCUGUCUUGGCAUCUGUCCUGCUAUAUUUAGAGUGUGUGUACAUACAAAUGUCAGCCAGUGUUAAGACGUUUCUCUCUUUUAAACCCAUUAUACUGUUCGUAUAAAAUUAUCCAGUUUUUCUAGACUGUUUUUAAUGGAUUUUAACAGAUUAUAGUGUAAAUAUUUUUCUUUGUAUGGUUCUCAGACUCUGUAAAGCCAUACUGUUACUGCUCAUUGUGAUUAAAAGUGUGCUAUUUGCUGUGAAUCAGA